UAACCACAAGAGCAGGUCCAAACCACAACAAUAGUCAAAAAGAAAGAACAAUAAUGCACAACUUGCUACAACUUCCAGAUCAAAAGCUUCCCCAAUAAAACAUUCUGUAAGAAAAAUUUAAAUGCAAAUUUUCAUCUGAACACAAAACAGAACAGAACAGAAAUGGAGGAGGUGAGACUGCUGGGAGUUUGGUCUAGUGUUUACUGUCACAGAGUUAUCUGGGCUCUAAAACUCAAGGGAGUCGACUAUGAUUAUAUCGAAGAAGAUUUAGCAAACAAGAGCAAUGAUCUUAUACGAUAUAAUCCAGUGCAUCAGAGGAUACCAGUCUUUCUUCAUAAUGGAAAACCUAUUGUGGAAUCCAUUAUUAUUCUUGAGUAUAUCAAUGAGAUUUGGCCUCAGAAUCCACUGCUUCCAGCUGACCCUUAUGAGAAGGCCAAAGCACGAUUUUGGGCAAAAUUUCUAGAAGAUAAGAGCCCGACCUUCUAUACUUAUUUCCGAGCUGUCGGGGAAGAGCAAGAGAAGCUGGCAAAUGAAGCUAAAGAAUUGCUUCGAAUAAUAGAAGAGAAAGGAUUAGGAGAAAACAAUUUUUUUGGUGGGAAUCAAAUUGGGCUAACUGAUCUAUGCUUGGGAUGGAUUGCUUGCUGGCUGGAAUUAAUGCAAGAAGCAGCGGGAAUCAAACUACUGGAAUCUGAUAACCUUCCCAGGUUGCUGGCUUGGAGCGAGAGAUUUAAACAAGUCCCAGAGAUCAAAGAGUGCCUACCAGAUAGGGUUAAGAUGCUGGCCUACUUCCGAAAGUUAAGAGAGAGAUUUACUGCACCCUGAUCGAAGGAGAAUAUUUUUUCCUAAUAUUGGGAGUUCAUUUCGCAGAGAAAAUUAUCCUAGGCCAGUCAAAAGAAAGCAAGAGACAGAACACGACCACCCAUCCAAUGCACAAGACUCCCACCUAAAAGGCGAGGAAGAAAAAGAAAGGCAGAAUAGUCAAAGAAGGAAGCCUAAACUUCAGCUUCUUCAAAUGGAUCUUCAAAAUCUCAUAUUUUACCUUGUAUUUGGCAUAAAUGAUAGGUUUAUAACUCAAGUUGAUUUAAGUUCAAUAAGAAUUGGUUUAAUACUGUA